AUGCCGCGGAUCGAUGCGUCCAUAGACGCUGCGACGCUCCGUGUGCCAGAGUUGCGUGCAUUGCUGCAGGAGCACCGUGUGGCUGUGCCGAGUGGAGCCCGUAAAGCCGCACUAGUUGACUUGUUUGACUCGCAUGUGCGCCCCAUUCUUCAGCAGCAAGCAACGCCCGAUCGACCAAGAGCAAAGCGUGUGCAAGUCCCAGGGCCGCGCGAGGAUACACCUACAAGUACGCCAUCGUCUCUGCGCAAGCGAUCACGCCCGCAGCUUGCGUUUGGCUCGCCUGGCAUGCGCACGUCGGCGGCGCAAAACUCGCAGGACUCGCAGGACUCGCCCACGCCUUCGAUCCGGUUUGCAGAGGAGAAUCCCUUCCAAGCAUUGCAAACGCAUUCUUCAGCGCGUGCGACUGUGCCCAAAGGUACACACACCCAAGUGCUGCCCGGCACAGGCACCGAGCCCCAUACAGCACCCAUAUCCACGCCAAAGCAACGCUCGCGUGUCUUUCCACCGCACUGGCGCACCGCCGCACUCCGCUGGAUAUUGUGGGCCUCUGCAUGCUACUGGAUCUGGUACUGCUAUCGAUCACGCACGAUAGGCUACUGCGAUACAAACACCUCUGCCGCCACGCCGCAUGGAAUUGUUCCGCUCGCACCACCCUGCACGCCCUGCCCAACGCACGGCGUUUGUGCCAACGGCCACGUCACAUCGUGUACAAGUGCAGACUACACAGUUGCUGAUGCAGCCGUAUCGCGUAUCCCCGUUGUCUCGGCACUUGUUCCACUCACAUGGCGGCCCGCACAAUGUGUCCCCGAUACCUACAAGCUCGUUCUUGCCUCCGAGCUUUCAGCGGGCAUCGUAGAGUACCUUGCGCAAUGGCACGGGAGCGUCCGUUGCGGUCUCGCUGCGCCGCUGCGGCACGUUCCUGAGCAUGCGCUCGGUAAGUUUGCCGUUCCCACCGCGACCGUGCGGGCCGAGCUGGAAGCGCGCACCGUGGACGACGUGGAUGCGACGCUCUUUUCCACUCUAUGGGACCUUGCGCUGGACGGCCUCCUAGAGCAUGCGCCCGCCGAGAUUGUUGCAAUUACAAGCGCCCGCGGUACGCACUGGCUUGCCACACACCGCGCCUCUAUGCCGCUGCGAUGUCGCAUCCGCCUGUACAUCUUUGCGCUUGUGUGGCGCAGCAAGCUGCGCGUCCUAAUUACUAUCGUGCUUGUGCUAGCUACUCUUUACAUUGUGCGCCGUGUGCGCGAGUCGCGUGUGCUGGCCGUGCACGUCGCUGCAUACGCACGCCAAGUGUGCGCCGAGCUCUGCGCCCAGGCACAGCAGCACGCAGCGUCGCCACAACUUCCACUCGGGCUUCCUGUCGCGCACCUGCGUGAUGCCGUGCUGGAGGAUGAGCUGAGCAGUGCAGCGCGCCGGAAGCUGUGGGCACAUGUCACGCGUGUGGUCGAGCAAAAUGCGAAUGUACGCGCGCGGCAAGCGCAGUGGCAUGGCGAAUGGGUUCGUGUAUGGGAAUGGACAGGUGUCGUGCCGAACGAGGGCUUGAGCUCGCCAGCGUUGCACACACCACACACUGCAGAGGCCGCGCAACCUACCGGCCGUGCAGGGGAGCCCUCCGUGCCACCUCGUGACACAGCGCACGAUGCUGCACGUACAUAG